UGUUAGAUGAGAUAAAGCUUACAGAGUUUAGAUUUUGGGCUGCCGGGUGCGAUAAGUAAUAAUGAGUUACAGGCUACAUUAAGAUAUAUCAAGGUUGGAGACCAAAGUUGAGAGGCUAAAGUCGGUAGUACAAGUUAAAGAUAGGGAGAUUGCAACAGUUACACGAAUAGAAGCCAAAGGUAAGGCUGCUUUUAAAGCUCAAAUUGACAAGCUACAGUAGGAAAAUGUUGAACUCCAGAGAAGGGUUAUUGGCAAUCAGCAAGUAAGAACUCAACAAAUACAUGAGAUGAAGAAGAAAGAAAAGGAGUACAUCAAAUUGCAGGUGAGAACCUACAGGGUAUAGGAAUACCUACAGGAAAGCUGGAUAUGUAUGUUGCUGCUGCUGGCAUAAACCCUCAAAGAUGAAAGAGGCACUAUCAGCAUUGACAUGUACAUGUGAUUUUAGGCAUGAACCAGGAGAGUGAGAGUUUUAGUGUGCCGUGUUUAGAAUUUGCCGAUAUCUUUUUCCCGUUCCAGCAAGUAUUCCUGAUUGUGGGGAUUCUUCCAGUAAUGCUAGAUAUUGGUACUAACAACGAGAAGUUACUUAAUGAUUCUCUUUGAUUUAUUGGAGUUGAGGAGUCCCACAAUCUUUAUGUUCUGUUUGUUUUUCCAUCACUUUUUCAAGGCUGUUCAAUUGGAGUUCCAUCUUCAGGUUGACGUGAUUGUCUUGACAGAUGGAAGUCGUAUUCUUGGCCUCGGUGACCUUGGAGUUCAGGGAAUAGGAAUACCUAGAUUGGAGGGAGAAGAGUAUCUAUCUAUUGUUGAUGAAUUUAUGGAAGUCGUGGAUACAUGUUGGCCUAAAGCUAUUGUUCAGUUUGAGGAUUUUCAAAUGAAAUGGGCUUUUGAAACAUUACAACGUUAUCGUAAGAGGUUCUGCAUGUUCAACGAUGACAUACAAGGAACUGCUGGUGUUGCUCUCGCUGGACUAUUGGGAAAUGUGAGAGCUCAAGGGCAGCCAUUGAGUGAUUUUGUUAACCAAAAGAUAGUAGUGGUAGGGGCUGGAAGUGUUGGGCUCGGUGUUCUUAACAUGGCUAUUCAGGCUGUUUUGAGAAUGGUAGGGAACAACGAUUCUACUGCAAGAAAUCGAUUUUUUUUCUAAUAGACAAAGAUGAACAAGGAUGAAUAAUCAAU